AUGAAACGUAAACAGUGCACAUAUGUUCAGAACUUUUCUACCAAAGAGUGAUAAUUAUAAUACUAACUGAUCUAUUAAACCUUUCUGAGUCAAUCCUCUUUAGGUUUUCUCCAUGAGAAGGUUUCACCAUGAAGCUUAACGAACAUCUUCAGAUUAUCGGCAACAACGUUAUCUUGGUUCCGUACGAGCGUAAACAUGUGGAGAAAUAUCACCAGUGGAUGAAAAGCGAGGAAUUGCAGGAAUUAACUGCAUCGGACCCACUAAGCCUCGAGGAAGAAUACCAAAUGCAGCAAAGCUGGCGUAAUGACGAAGAUAAGUGUACCUUUCUCGUCCUGGAUCGCCAAUGCUAUGAACAAACGAAGGACGAAAUAAAAGCACUGGUGGGUGACACUAACAUAUUCAUCCAAUCCAACACGGAAGACGGUUCGUCCCUGCAUCGGAUUGUGGGAGAAAUUGAAAUAAUGAUCGCCGAAACGGCAGCCCGGGGCAAACGUUACGGUUGGGAGGCAACGAUCUUGAUGCUGCUGUACGGCGUGGAACAUCUGCACCUGCGGCAAUACAUCGCCAUCACGAAGGACACGAAUGUGCGAGCGAUGAAAAUGUUCGAACGAAUGAAAUUCCAAGAAACAAAGCGUACACCCAUCUUCCAUGAGGUCACCUUCGGACGACCUGUCGACGAAGAUUGGAUCGCGUGGUUAAAACAUGAAGCAGGAUCGUACUCGAUCAAUCCCUAUCCCUAGUUCUGAAUAGAUCUAAUUCGAAUGUCAUCUAAA